AUGUCCACUGAAGUAGUUUUAAAAAACGUAGAUAAUGCUUGUGAAACAGCUGAAGAGUUCACCAGAGUCUUUUACAAACAGGUGGAUAACAGCCGGCACCUAACAUCAAAACUCUACCUCGAUACGGGGCUGUUGGUGUGGAAUGGAAACGGAAUUAAUGGCAAUGAUAAAAUUCAAAAAUUCCUUAUGGAUUUGCCCGGAAGUAACCAUGUUCUUAAAACUUUGGAUGCGCAACCCAUUUCGGAGAAUUUGGUUUCUAAUAAGUUAACUUAUCUUAUUCAAGCUUGCGGAGAUGUAACUUAUCAAAAUGACAACAUUAAAAAGCCCUUUCAGCAGACAUUUCUGAUAGUAGCUGUGGAUGGAAAGUGGAAAAUAGCAUCAGAUUGUUUCAGACUACAAGUUCCCUAUAACAGUUAA